CUGAAUGACUGAUUAUUUUGAGUGAAAACUUCAAAACUGAUGACAAGUUUGAAUGCAAUUUAAAUUAUGAUUUAAAUGAAAAACAGGUUUUUAUACCAAAGAUAUAAAUCAAAUGUUAAUUCAUUGAAUGAAUAAUUAGUUUCACUUUCAAUGCCUUCACUUACGAUCCGUUAAUCCAAAGCUAUUUGAGAGUCAAUUGAAUCGCAACCCAAAUGUCGUCCAAAAGCAGGACAACCAUUGAUUUCUUGUGUUUGGAUGAACUGACGCUUGUCUUAAGACAUCUGAGUGUCACUGAGUUGUACCACUGCCUCCAUGUCUGUCCCCAAUGGCACUCAACUAUCCGCCAGUUGUUGUCCACCCAGAAAUCGGUGACCCUUUGCCUCAACGAUAUCAGUCACUACACAAAUGAAGAAUUGAGCGAAAAAUGUGAUAAUAAGCGCCAUUUGGCUGUCAAUUCAUCGGUGGGUCGACUCAUAAAGAGCAGGCAAUCCCUCCUCAGCGCCAUAACUACUCCUAAAUUCAAAGACAUUCAAAACGAUUUGUUCCCACUUUUGACUGACUUUUGUCCAAACAUUCAGUCACUAGAUAUCAGUCAGUAUUUAAUCGGUGUGUCAGACAUGGAACAGAUCUUAGCUGUCUGUCCACGACUGCAAUGUCUUUACGUGUAUUCAGAGGACAGUAAUUGGACCCAAUUCUUGAGCCCCACCACUGCUGGACUCAAACACUUUAGCCUCAAGUUAUCGUCGGAGACCCCCAUAUACGGGGUCCGCGAAACACCAUUUGAUGUCCAGAAAUGCCAAAUGAGUCCACAGAUUGAAGAUUUAGUGCUAAUAAGA